CAGUACUGGAGACUGGUCCCAGGACCUUGCUCAUGUUAAACAACUGUUCUACCACUGAACUAUAUCCCCAUUCUCAGUGCUUUUGAUUUCUCCAAUCCUAUAUAUUCCCUGACUUCUUUUGGGAACAAGGCAAGUAUCGUAUGAAAAAUAAUGAAUUAAAGGAAGACACAGACAUGGCACACCAAUUGGUGAUUAAAUACCAAAUGAUCAGCCAUGAAAACAUACAUACAACUAAUAUUAUAUGGACUGAGCAGAUUAUAUUUAAGAAUAUAUAUGUAUAUACAUAUGCAUAUAUUCAUACAAUAAUAAUGAAAAAUAGGCCAUGAAAUUGAAAUAUUUCUCCUUUCCCUUUUCUCACUCCAAACCUUCCCAUACUAAUCAUAUUAUAAUCUCAAAAAUAAAAAGUAAAAAAAAAUUUUCCAUUUUGCAGGAGUCCACAGGUGAGACUUUGAAUAUUGAAAGAGACAGGAGUUUUAGAGAGACUUUGGAGUUCACAGAGGUAUUUUGAAUAUUUUUAAGAGACUGAAUUUUUAACGUAUUUGAGUUUUUAAAAUUUUUAAAAGCUGGAAUGUGCUUUAUUGUGAUAUUUAUAUCAAUGUGACAUCUUGGGGACAAAGAAGAAAGAAAAGAUUGUGCCAAGUUGACAAGGAGUCAACUGCUCUGGUUGGUUUUGUCACAAACUACAAUCAUUCUUAAAGAGGGACCCUCAACUGAGAAAAUGCCUCUGUAAGAUUGGACAGGACAGGCCAGGUUCAUCAUUGGCUUUAUCUCAGAAGGCUGUUCCUUCAACACAGGGAUUUAAAAACCAUUAGGGAAUAAAACUCAGACUUGUGAGCAUGCUUCCAGUUGCCAGGAGCUCACUGUCUGUCUGAUAAUUAAAACCUUCAUGCUUCUCCACACAACCACUACACUUCAAUUUUUGUGCAACUUCUGUCAUGGGUAUUGGAGGCACUUACCUGCCUCUCUUCCCUUCUGCUGUUAAUAGGAAACAGAGUACAUUGGUGUUCACAGAAAUGUUCCAGGCAAGCAAAACACACCUUGAUGAACUCCAGAUAAAACGUUUGGAGGAGAUGUGCAUUGUCAUUGACAAGCAGGAUCAGAUCAUUGGAGCUGAAACCAAGAAGAACUGCCACCUGAUGGAAAACAUUGAGAAGGGCCUGCUACACCGAGGCUUCAGUGUCGUCCUCUUCAACACAAAAAACCAGCUCUUGGUCCAGCAGAGAGCGGAUGCCAAGUACACGUUUCCCGGACAUUUUACAGACUCAUGUUCUAGUCACCCUUUAUACAUGCCGGAUGAGCUGGAAGAGAAAGAUGCUCUGGGAGUGAGGAGGGCAGCCCUGAGACGUCUGCAGGCUGAGCUGGGCAUCCCCCAGGAGCAGAUUUCCAUAAAGGACAUAAUUUUUAUGAAUCGAAUAUACCACAAGAGUCCUUCUGAUGGCAUCUGGGGAGACCACGAGAUUGGCUAUCUUCUGUUGGUGAGGAAAGACCUCAUGCUGAACCCAGAUACCAGGGAAGUGAGAAGCUACCGCUACAUGAGCCAGGAGGACGUGCAGGAGCUACUGGACAGGGGAGCCCAUGGAGAAGAGAAGAUCACCCCAUGGUUCAGAACCAUCCUAGAAGGCUUCCCGCUCUCUUGGUGGCCUUCUUUAGAGGAUGUGUCUCCAUUCAUUGAGCCUGACAAGAUACAUGGACUGUAAGGCGUAUGGAAAAGUAAUGUUCAAAGCAGGGAUUGGGGUUGAGAGUGACUCAGCAGUUAAGAACACUUCUGCUCUUGCAGAGAACAGGGGUUCCACUCCCAGCAUCCACAUGAUGACUCACAACUAUCCAUAACUUCAGUUCCAGAGGCUCUUACACACUCUUGUGACAUCUGCAGGUAGCUGGCAUACACAAUGUGGUAUAUACACAGACAAAAGCAAAUUAACUCAAACACAUAAAAUUUUAAAAUAUCCAAAAAGUAGGGUUCAUCACUAACCUGCGGUUAGAAUGGCAUGCAUUACAGAAACUGAGUUCUAAUACCCUUUCAUUGCUUGUACUAACCUACAAUUCAAGCUCCUAGUUUUACCCAAUUUUUUUCCUUUUUUGCUCUAUCUCUAGCUCUUAAACAUUUUCAACUGUAAUCUACGGAAAAUGCCACUUUUCUCCUAAACCUCCCCUCUUGCAGGCCGCAAGAAUAUAUUAUAGAGAUUCAGCUGUGUAUUAAAGCUGAACUUUGACUGGCCAAGGGUCUGUCAAAAGGCAAAGCCAUUUAUUAUGAAUAUUUGGUGUUACCCAGCCUUUAAUAUUUCAGCUGUCUUCUGCUAUGAAAUCCUUAUGUGCCCAAACCUAUUGGUAAACAGUUCAGCUCGCCAGACCUGCUGAACCUACUAAAUUAAAUUACUAACUGCCCUGCUGAGUUUAGGAGACAAGCUGGCAGGGAGACUCAUAGCUUUGUUUCCUGUGCUAAUGAAGCUCAGACCAUCCCCUGGCUUUGAAGAGGCCUAGUGGUUCUCCAAAGCAUUUUGACUGAGAACAAAAGAGGUUUUUGCAUAUCAAGGUGAGUGGUAAAACAACAUUCCCGAGGAGGCAGGGAACCACGUGCCCAGGGAAAGAAAAGGCAGGCAUUUUCUGUAGACAGGAACAGAACAGCAUGAGAGUGAAGAGAGGAUGACAGAGGUUCCACAGAGGGUAAGCAGAUCUCGAGUAAAGUUUUCUGAGUGCCAGGAGUAGAGAGUAGCAGAGAUGGAGAAAGAGGGUACUGGAGAAAGAGGGUACAGAGGACGAAGAUGAGGCUGAAAGCAUAGACAUUAGUCGUUAGCAGGACUAUGAGCUAGGGAGCUGGACGGAACUGCAGUUAUGGAGAGAGGAUUUCAUCCCAGAGAAAUAAAGUAGAUGGAUAUAGAGCUUGGUAUGUCUAGAGUUGUUCCUGUUGUGAAUGCCUGGUGGAGUUAUAGCUAAAUUGAUAGAAUUUGUCUUAGAGGAAUAAAGUUAACAGACAUAAGAACACAGUGUACGUAGAUUUUUUUCCCUCAGAUCCCACGCCGAACAUAGCAAAGCCCCCUUGGACCCUAGGGAUUUGAUACUCCCCCUGGUGGCAUCACUCUCCCUCUGGAGUCCCUGUUUACUUCUCCUAUGUCCAGUGCUCUGCAGGUGACCGACCUCUGUACCUGGUGCUUACAGGCAUAAUGGUGUAUGAGGAUUACAUAUUGAAAACAAAGAACUUUGUUAGUUUUCACUGGGUUCACCAAUUUCACAGGGACGAUGUGGAGCUGAUGAGCAUCAUCAGUUACUUCCUGCUGUAUUUUUACUUCAGCCAGUGCUGAUCCCCAGCACAAAACACCCAUCUUGCACGUAUAAAGUAACAAUAAAAAUCAGUUUAAUGUCCCUUUAGUAUAGCUCAAGUAGUAAAUCUGUCUGGUAAAAUGUUAUUGUGGAUACUUAUCAACAAUAACUAAAACUCAUAAUCUUUAUUAUGCAAAUUGUAUUAAGAGUCAGUCAUCAGAAAAUUCGGAAAGGAACAAUUCAGCUCACUGAUUUCUCUUCAUUACUAGCAUAAUGAAGAAUUUCUAUUUCAUUACCUCUCAAACGCUUUGCUAUCUGUAGUUGUAUUAGAUAAUUCCCGCUUUCCCCUCCCUGAAGACAGUGUCUCACUAUGUACCUCCUUUGGCUGUCCAGAACCCACUCUGUAGACCAGGCUAGCCUCCCACUCAUCAUAGAUCUAUGUGCCUCUGCCUCCCAGGUGCUGGGAUUAAAGGCAUGUGCCAUUAUGUGUGGCUAAUACCAUUUUCUUGAAAAUUAAAAACAUAUAUCCAGACACUUGCCAAUAUUUGAGUUGGUCAUCACUGAACUUUACAAACUAUGUAUCACUCAUAUCCCUGAUUACAUGCCACUUGAAAAUCUUUUCUUUCACUCUAGUCUCCCUUUGAUGCAAAAGAAUUUUGAUGUAGUCCUAUUUGUCUACUUUCAUUUGUUCUUUUUUUGUAAGUGGAAUUGUUCCUUAACUCAGCAAUAGUUCAUGGAAGAUGUCAUUUAAUUAUUGCAAUAACCCUGG